AUGGCGUCGAUUCGCUCUGAUGUGUGUGGAUCAUUUGAAAGUCCUAUUGUUAUAAGUGAUGAUGUUCUUGAUGAACGCAAUCGGUCUAUUGUCAAUGAGAGCUCUUUUGAUUCAUCCAAUUUAAAUGAAGAUGGAGAAUUUUGGGAUAUCGGUGAUCCUUCGUAUAUGUGUUCGCAUUGUGGGGCAAUAUUUUGGUAUGAGGAACGUCUUGGCAAACCAACUAAGCCCACUAAUCCAAGAUAUUCGGGAUGUUGUAUGAAUGGAAAUAUUGAGAUUCCUAAAUUGACUGCUCCACCUGACGUUUUGCACCAAUUAAUGUUCUCUAAUGACGCCAAAAGUAGUCACUACUUGAAAAAUAUUCAUUCAUAUAAUUCGAUGUUUGGUUUUACCUCCAUGGGAGGUAAAGUUGAUAAUAGUGUGAACACCGGUGGUGGUCCUCCUGUAUUUCGUUUAUACGGGCAAAAUUACCACUUAAUUGGUAGUUUAUUACCAGUAGAUGGUUGUGAACCGAAGUUUGCCCAGUUAUAUGUGUAUGAUACGGACGAUGAGAUUAAUUACAGAAUAACGUCUGUGAGACAAAGGGAUGCUGUGAAUAAUCUUCAUUCAGAGAUUGUUAGUGAUUUGCAACAUAUGUUGGAUAAAGAAAAUGUGUUAGUAAAGUCUUUUCGUAUGGCCAAAGAAAAGAUUGGGCUUGAAAAUCAACCCAAUGUAAGUUUGAGGUUGCUUGGUAAGAGAGGUAGGGAUGGAAGAACUCAUAAUCUACCUUCUGUUUCUGAGGUUGCUAUGCUUGUCGUUGGGGAUUUUGAUGAAGCUUUGGGUGACAGAGAUAUUGUUGUUGUAAAGAAGUCAGGGCAGUUGCAGCGCAUUAGUGAACUGCAUCCUUCUUAUCUUCCACUUCAGUAUCCACUUUUGUUUCCUUAUGGGGAGGAUGGUUAUAAAGAAGAUAUUGGAUUUUCUAGAAAUUCUUCUUCUUCAUCAACCCAUAGGAAAAAUAUUAGUCCUAAAGAAUUUUUCGCGUUUCGCUUACAUGAAAGAAUUUCUGAGUAUUCUAUUCUUUUAUUUGGAAGGCGAUUGUUUCAACAGUUUGUCGUUGAUGCCUAUACGAUGAUUGAGACUGGUCGUCUUACUUUUGUACGAACCCAUCAGAAAAGGUUGCGGGCUGAAUUGUAUAGUGGUUUAGCAGAAGCUGUUCUUCAUGGUGAGACAGAUGGUUCAAGGCAUGGGAAUCGAAUUAUCUUGCCUUCCAGUUUUGUUGGUGGAGCUCGAUAUAUGGUUCAGAAUUAUCAAGAUGCUAUGGCGAUCUAUAGGUGGAUUGGUUAUCCAAAUUUGUUUAUUACCUUUACGUGCAAUCCAAAGUGGCCAGAGAUAUGUCGAUAUCUUGCAUCUAAGGGUUUGAAAUCAGAUGAUCAUCCAGAUAUUAUUUGUAGGAUAUUUAAAGUCAAGUUGGAUAAUUUGAUAAGAGAUCUUAAGAGUAAAAAAAUAUUUGGAGUUGUGAAAGCACUUGUGUACACGGUUGAGUUUCAGAAACGUGGAUUGCCUCAUGCCCAUAUUUUGCUGUUUUUAAGCAAUGAGGACAAACAUCCUAAGCCUCAACGCAUUGAUGAGAUAAUUUCAGCUGAACUUCCUGACCAAGCAACUGAUCCUCACUAUCAUGAAUAUGUUAAAGAAUUCAUGAUGCAUCGGCCGUGUGGUGUUGUUCGAAAAUCAUCUCCUUGCAUGCUGAACGGACGUUGUUCCAAAUAUUUUCCCAAGAAAUAUCUCGCGGCCACAAACAUUGAUGAUGAUGGCUACCCUGAUUACAGACGUAGAGAUAAUGGUCGUGUUGUUAUGAAGGAUGGUGUGCCCUUAGAUAAUAGAUAUGUUGUUCCACACAAUCGUUUUCUUCUUAUGAAGUAUGGCGGUCAUAUCAACGUUGAGUGGUGCAAUCAGUCGCGAUCUAUUAAGUAUUUGUUUAAGUAUAUAAAUAAGGGUUACGACCGUGUGACAACUUCUUUUUUCCAAUCUGGUGCGGGUGGUACUGAACGAUGUAUUGAUGAAGUAAGUUUGUACUACGAUUGUAGGUAUAUAUCUUCUUGUGAAGCUGCUUGGAGAAUAUUUGGAUUUGAAAUUCAAUAUAAGGAUCCUCCUGUUGAAAGAUUGAGUUUUCAUCUUCCAGAUCAACAACAUGUAGUGUUUGAUGAAGCUGAUGACUUGGAUACUGUUUUGAAUCGUAAGACAAUUCAUGAAAGUAAGUUCUUGGCUUGGAUGGAAGCAAAUAGGAUAUAUUCUCAAGGUAGGGAUCUCACUUAUGGUGAAUUUCCGACGAAGUUUGUAUGGAAGAAGAAUCGCUGGGAACCUAGGAAACAAAGAUAUUCGAUUGGAAGGUUGUUUUAUGUUGCCCCUGGUUCUGGUGAUAUGUAUUAUCUCAGAUGUUUGUUGAAUAUUGUUAAAGGAGCUUCUUCAUAUGAAGACAUCAGAUGUGUUAAUGGUGUUCAGUAUGAUACAUUUAGAGAUGCUUGCUUUGCUUUAGGAUUGUUGGAUGAUGAUAAGGAAUAUGUUGAUGGAAUUGUAGAGGCUUCUUUUUGGGCUUCAGCUCACUCUUUGAGAUUGCUCUUUGUGAGUUUGUUAACAUCUGAAUCUAUUUCACGGCCGGACUUUGUUUGGCAAAGAUGUUGGAAAUAUUUGUCUGAAGAUGUUCUUUAUAACCGCCGGAAAUUAACAAAUAAUCCUGGUAUGAUCUUGAGUGAGGAUGAAAUUCAGAAUGUUGCAUUGGCAGAGAUUGAGAAAUUGUUGCAAAAUCUUGGCAAAACUUUGCGUGAUUUCCAUGGUUUGCCGUAUCCGGAUAGUCAGUAUUUUGAGUCAAGUGAAAAUAAGUUGAUUGCUGAUGAGUUGUGUUAUGAUCGUGAAUGUUUAGCAAGGGAAUAUUUGGAAUCUAUCUCUAAAUUCACUAGUGAACAACUUUCUGUGCAUGACACUAUAAUGUCGUCUGUGCAUUCUAAUUAUGGAGGAAUAUUUUUUGUUUAUGGGUAUGGAGGUACUGGGAAAACUUUCAUUUGGAGAUCAUUGUCUGCAGGGAUUCGUUCGAAGGGCGAUAUUGUUUUAAAAGUGGCGUCCAGUGGCAUAACUUCUUUAUUAUUGCCUGGUGGUAGAACAACUCAUUCUCGGUUUAAAAUUCCCAUGAAUGUGAAUGAAGAUUCUAUGUGCAAUAUUAAACCAGGCGGUGCACUGGCUGAGUUGAUUGUGAGAGCUAAGCUUAUUAUAUGGGAUGAAGCUCCGAUGAUUCAUAAACAUUGCAUAGAAGCCGUGGAUAGAACUUUAAGAGAUAUUAUGCGUGUUUGCGAUGAGUUAAAUAGGAACAAACCGUUUGGUGGAAAAACUGUUGUUUUUGGUGGUGACUUUAGACAGAUCUUGCCAGUUGUUCCUAAAGGCAGUCGUCAAGAUGUUGUGAAUGCUACCAUUAACGCAUCUUAUCUUUGGAAGAGUUGCGCAGUUUUAAGGUUAACAAAAAAUAUGAGGCUUUUGAAUACAGAAAAUGUUCAUGAAGCCUCUAAGUUGAAGGAAUUUUCCUCUUGGGUUGCUUCUAUUGGAGAUGGUGUUAUUGGUGGUCCAAAUGAUGGUGAAGUGGCUAUUCAACUUCCCAUUGACAUUGUUUUGCCAAAUUCUGGUGAUCCUCUUAGAACCAUUGUUUCAAAUGUCUAUCCUUCUUACAUGAAUCCUGAAGAAUUGAUUAGUUGUUUGCAUGGUCGUGCUAUACUUGCUCCUACUUUAGAGGUAGUUGACGAGGUUAACCAAUUCAUGAUAUCUUUGGAUCAGUCUCAAGGUCGAGUUUACUUUAGUUCUGAUAGUAUUUCAAACUCUGACUCAACAUCAAAUGGUCUUGCUGAGAUACAUUCUGUUGAGUUUUUGAAUAAAUUGAAGUGUUCUGGUACUCCUAACCAUGAAUUGUUGUUGAAAGUUGGUACUCCUGUGAUGUUGUUGAGGAACAUAGACAUGUCAAACGGGUUGUGUAAUGGCACAAGAUUGAUAAUUACACGAUUAGGUGAUUAUGUGUUAGAGGGACAAGUAUUGGGUGGCCAUAAUAUUGGUCAUAAAGUGUUGAUUCCUCGAAUGUCAUUAAUACCAUCUGAUCCGAGAUUGCCUUUCAAGUUUCAAAGAAGACAAUUUCCUUUGGCUGUGUCGUAUGCAAUGACCAUUAACAAGAGUCAGGGUCAAUCACUCUCUCAUGUUGGAUUAUUUUUGAGAAAACCUAUUUUUAAUCAUGGACAACUGUAUGUUGCUAUAUCAAGAGUCACAAGUCAUGAAAGUUUGAAGAUUUUGGUGUGUAAAGAUGAAGUAGAUGAAGGCAAUGGUGAUACCACUGUUAACAUUGUUUAUAAAGAAGUUUUUCAAAAUUUAUGA